AACACUCACAGGUGUUGUCUAUUCCAAAGCCAUGAAUCUGACAGACACUAAUAUCACUAAACAGAACUAUUCACUGGAACAGGAUAAUGGAGGCUAUACACAAUAUGCGUAUAUACAUUUUACUGUAGCAGCUGCUGUCGCAUUAGGCCUCUGCCUCAUCGGCUUGGUGGGAAACAUUAUUGUAUUUUGGUAUCUUUGCUUCAAGAUCCAGGGGAACAAAUAUACUAUAUAUAUCAUCAACCUGGCAGUGGCUGACUCCAUCUUGAUAAUAUUCAGUGCUAUGCUGCUGAUGAUCAAUAUCAAUACAAUGAUUGGUACAAAUCCUAAUUUUCAAGGGGAGGAGUCAUUUAAUGUAUUUGUUGAAGUAUUUUAUGACAGCAUGCAGUAUACCGGAAUGUUCCUCCUCACUGCCAUCAGCAUGGAAAGGUGCAUGUCUGUCCUGUUUCCUUUAUGGUACCAGUGUUAUCGGCCUCACAACCUGUCCACUAUUAUGUGUGCCUUCCUUUGGGUCAUUGGAUGUUUGGAAAGUCUCAUUGAGAACUUGGUGUGUACACCUGAAGCUUUCAUGAAGCAGACGUCACAGUGUACAGCAGUGCAGAUUAUGACUUUUGUUUUAGCCAUUGGUAUCUGCCUCCCAAUCAUGGUCAUUUCAAGUUUCAUCUUACUCAUCAACAUAAAGAGGAUCUUUGGGGUGCAAUACCCACCCAAACUGUAUAUCAUCAUCAUCACUGCAGUUUUAUUCUUCAUCUUAUCCAUCAUGCCAUUUAAUUUUUUAUGGUUUUUCGUGUACUUUCAGCUGCUAACAACAAAUAUUCAAGCCGCCAGUUUAUUCUUUGCAAGUAUUUUUAGCAUAGUGCUUAACUCUACCAUUAACCCUUACAUUUACUUCAUUGUUGGAAGAAAAUGGAAGCAGUCAUCUAAUCAUUCUAUUCAUGAUGCUCUUCAAAGAGCCUUUAAGAUAGAAGACGAAGAGACUGAAGACACAAAUAGUAAUAAAACAAUUAACAGCUCAUGUCAAAAUAUUGUUAUAAGUACAUCCUGAUAAAUCCUGCCUAAAUCAAUUAGUGCUGCAAUAGGUAUUAAUUUUACAUGCAUAAAUUAUUCAUGCUUAUUCACUGCACUAUAUGAAUGGAUGAUCAACAAAUAAGUGAGAUAUUGUAAGAAUCCACACUGAUUGCUAUAUGGAAAAUCGUUUGUCAAAACUGUGCUUUUGUGUUAAAGAUAAUGAUGAAGAAGAUUUGUUUGGGAUAUUUAUUGUUGAAUGGCCUCACGUCUUAUAUAAUAAAAGGAUAACGCUG